CACACAACUCCAAGAACAGCAAAACCAACACACCGAAGCAGUGAGCUCUGAAUCCACAUGGCCUCCACAAUGCCGCACCAUCUCGCGCUGCUGCUCCUCCUCCUGGCCUCACCGGCGGCCACGCGCUUGGCGGCCGGCGCCGGCGCCUGCGCGAGCGAGAAGUUCCCGGCUGGGAAGACAUACAAGACGUGCGAGGACCUCCCGAAGCUCGGCGCGUCCCUGCACUGGACCUACGACGCGUCCAAGGAGUCGCUGUCGCUGGCGUUCGUGGCUGCUCCCGCCGCGCCCAACGGGUGGGUGGCGUGGGGCCUCAACCCAACCGGCGAGGGCAUGCCCGGCGCGCAGGCGCUGGUGGCGCUCAAGGGGUCCGGGUCCUCCGCGCCCGCCGUCAAGACGUACAACAUCACGGGCUACGUGCCGCUCGGAGGCGCCUCGACGCCCAUCGCGUUCCCGGCCACCGACCUCGCCGCGGACGUCGGCAGCGGAGGCAAGAUCCGGCUAUACGGCAAGCUGCAGCUGCACAAGGGGAUGAAGGCGGUGAACCAGGUGUGGCAGGUCGGGUCGUCCGUCACGGGGGGCGCCCCCGACAAGCACGCGUUCGCCACUGACAACCUCUCCGCCAAGAGCAAGCUCGUCCUCGCCGGCAAGGCCCUCGCCGCCGCCGCCGCCCCCACGCCUGCCCCUGCCCCUGCCCCCGCGCCCGAUGCCGGCGGCCCGUCCGCCAGCUCGGGCGGCAGCGACAGCGGCGCAGUGUCAUCCCUGGCGCCGUCCGCCGGGAAGUCCCCGUCGGCGGCGGCCACGGCUCGCGUGUCGGCGCCGGCACUCCUCGUGCUGGCGUUGGUGGGCUUCUUGGCGAUGGUAUGAUAGCCGGAUGCUGUCACCAGCGACGAAGGUGGCGGUGGUGGUUGGCCGGAGAAAAUAUCACGCUAUUCUUGUUCAUUGUUGUAGCUCCUUUUUCGUUUUGGUUCUGAAAUAAAAUGGUUGGUGUACUUGUUGAGCUGUUGUUAGGUAGCACAGUGAUCGGAAGCAGUUCCACUGAUGUAAUUGUACAACGUGAUUUUGUCACUGAUACACGGAGCCUAUAAAGAGUCGAUUCAUGUCA